AGUAACUCCGAGGCUGUGCAGAACCAGACAUAUUCGGAACAUCUUCGGAAUAGUGAAGCCCAGUAGUCAAGAGCUGCUCUUGGGGGGCGAGGUUCAAGGGAGGGAGUAAGAAGGACACUAGAAGAAGUAGCAUCCACCGCAUUUUCGAACCUUAACGAUAUCCUCCGACUUCGCAAUUAAGACGCACAUUUCAAAGUUGGCUUUUAAAGACCCCGGACUCAACUCAGUCAUGAUGAGGAAAAUCAGUUUGAUCGUGUUCGGCGUUCUGCUCGGCAUGGCUCUUUCAGCCCCUGUAAAAGUCCAAGAGGAGUCUGAGACCAAGUUCCACGGGGAGGACUUCCACAUCCAGCUGCCCUCCGUGGGGGCGGACAUCACCUUCCGGCCCUCCUCGGGCCCCCGGCAGGCGGACACCGUGCUGAUGCGGGACGGCGAGGUGGUGGGCCGGCGGGCCAAGCUCAACCUGCACUUCAGCCACCUGGUGCUGGACAACGUGAGCGAGGGCGACGAGGGGGUGUACACGCUGAAGAACGCCGCCACGCCCGAGGACAUCCGCCGCAUCCGCCUCAUCGUCAGAGACUGCUCCAACGAGGAGAGUGUGCGGUACGGGGACACCUACAACAUCCAUCUGUUGGGCGUGACAGCCCCCAUCACCCUGGAGUACAGACCCCUGGCCGUGGAGGCCAACCAGACAUCCAGGCCUGCUCUGGUGCUGAUGACCAGCACGGGGCUGUCCCGGGACGGCUACCAGGGGCGUAUCGUCGUCAACGAACGCCACGUGUCCCUGAGCUCCACCACGGGGGCGGACGAGGGCAGCUACACCAUCAGGGACGCCGACGGCAACAUCAAGAGGAAGGUCUGCCUCAACGUGCAAGAGCACUUCGACUACAAAGAGCUGCCCAACGACGGCGUGAUGAAGAUCAACCUCCGCCUGGACAGCUCCCUGGUCAGCCUCUACUACAGCCCCAACAACGACUCCAAACCAGUGCUGCUCAUGGACAAGGGAGAGCUCACCCCGAGCCUGAGUGAGCUGGGCAUGGAGGGCCGUCUGCACAUGGAGGGCACCACGGCGGUGCUGGACCACCUGCGGGCCUCCGACGCGGGACGGUACGAGGUGGUGGACGCCCUGAGCUUCCCCGUCGCAGUCUUCCACCUGGAUCUGGAGCCCUACAGGCUCCCCAUGGUGUUGGUGGCGGUGAUUGCCCUGUGCGGCCUGCUGGCCUUCCUGCUGCUCGUGUGCCUGCUGUCCUGCCUGUGGAAGGUGAAGAAGAGGGCCAGGAGGGCCGCCGAGCUGGAGAAGAUCGCAGAGAAUGCGGGCAAGGAGGACGAGGGGGACGCCUUCAGACAGGUGGUGAAGAACAUGAAGCAGCUGAAUGAUGACUCUAAACACUCCCAGGCGGAAAACACAGAGAAAUCCCAGAGCACCGAAGUGGACAUUAAACAUGCUGUUCAUGCCCGGCUGCAGGGUCUGGAGGUGUCCUCUAAGGAGGUGGGCGUGGACAACAUGGAGACUAGUGACUCCGGAGUGGGCUUCAACACCACCGCCCUCCCUUUGGACACCGACACCGACAUCGGAGAACAAAUCCUAGAAUCCGAGGCUGAAGGCGUCUCCGUUGCCAUGGCCCCUAAGCCAAGCCCACCCGCCGCCGCCGCCGCCGCCGCCGUGACCACACCCAGUGCCCCGCCCUCCGUGGAUGUACAGCCGCCACCACCUGACACCAACAGCACACCCGACUACGCGCUGAACAUCCCCACCUUUGCAGACGUCAAGCUUAGCCCGGCCCAGAGCCCUGAGCCCAGAGCCGGCCUGAGCCCCGGCUCCAAGCCAGGUGAGCGGGCCAAGACCCCCGAGCCCAGUCCCGUCCCCAGCCCGGGCCUGGCGCUGAAGGCCUCCUCCCCAAUGGCUCCCUCCGCCCGCACCGCUCCCCCCACCCCAGAGGCCAAGCCUGCCCUCACUCCCACCCCGGAGCCCAGCGCUGCACCUGAAUCAGCCCCCACCGUCAACGGCACCCCCGAACCCGCACCCGGAUCCAAAGCCAGUCCAGAAGCGGCUCCGAAGGUAGUCCCCCCGAAGACCCCCGAGGUGGAGCUGAAGGCCGACGCCCCUGGAGUCCAGGCUGAAGAGACCACCACCUGAUCCCAGCCCUGGACAGACGCAAGGAAAGACCCACUGAUAGCCAACACGGCCCCCACCACAUCAUGAAGAAGUGAAACCACACUUCCAGGGGCCGUGAAUUAAAUAUCCCACUUCUAAUGCCUGAACCUAAUCGUAGCUAAAUAAGGAUAUAUCACUCGUUUGUAUCUAACACAUAACCUUUGAGACGUUUUAAUCCAAACAUCAGUUCACAUGAGCAGAUCAAUGAUCAAAUAAUGUUAUAGGUAGUUCAACUCCUUGUGGCUUAAUCUUUUAGAUUGUACUCUCUCUUUUAUAGUUUGGUUACUUCACAGUACAACUGCCAAACUGCAAACAGUAUCUUUUGCAGAGUUUACAGCUAAAUUGUUAACCCAAAUUUAGGUCUAGGAUUUUCUAACAAUUUAUGGUAAACACCAUGGUUUACAACUAAUAAUUUAAGAAAGUGAUUGACAAACACACUCAUCUGUAAAAUUCUACGCUACACAAGUUGAAAGCAACUCAAUUGAAACACGAAUGCCCAUUAAGAUACCUGCUCUUUCGUCAAGCAUGUGGAUACAAUAGUCAAACAGUCAAAAGCAUGAACUUUUUGAGCUUAUCUUUGAACAUCGGCAGUUUUGUCGUCUCAGAUAAUUGUGGGAAGUCACGAUUAUACACAGAUCAAACCGUACCCAUCACAACUUGGAAUGGCAAUACAUUAACUCUGCAAGAAUGUUUCUUCAACAAGGAGUAGAGAAACCACCUCUUGAAAGGAGCGGAUGAAACAAAACACAUGUUCAGCGGUCUGAAAACAACGUCCUGGAACACUUCCAUCCAUGGUCUUAUCCUCAUCCACAAAUCGGGAUCAUAUGGUUUUCAUGGAUUUGGUUUGCAAAUCUCUCCCGUUGUUGCAAAUGUACUACAAAAGUAAAACAUGGUUUUCAUGGUUCUGAAAGGGAAGAGACAGGCACUUACGGCCUUUUGCAUUCUCAUUUAGUUGCCACCGUUUAUGUAAAAGAUUCUGCACACAGACAUCCUUUCCCUAAAAUACACUUGUUUUCAACUCCAUCACAAAAAGGAAUAAGUUGCUACUUUCAAUAACAUAAAAAACAUACUUACUAUACUAAAAACAUUGUUUUAUCGGAGCAGUUUAGAUUUUGAUGCGACCGCUCAAUUGCUAUAUUUUUUUGUUGAAAGGUUUGGAUUUUUUUAUAGACUGAAUACUCAAUAAUGACCAUUAACACCUUGAUUUUUUAUCAACUGUUUGAAUUGAAGGAGGUCACAGAUGCCUGCUGAAACUUCAGCCACUUUAUGAUACCAUCUUGUGAUACCUUGUUAUUUACCACAUGUGGUUGUCUAUAACCGAGAGAUAGAACUACAUGGCUAAAUCCAUCACUAUAAACCUUUUCUUUCAGCAGCAUCAUUGUAACUAAAGUAAAUAUAUCUGUACAUAGCCAUGACAAAAGUAUGUAUAUUGAGUCCUAUUUAACGAUGUGGACCAGAUAUUCCCAAACUAAGUUCGACAUUUGUAGCCUGCUUGUGGUGCUUGGCCCAUUUAUCAAAAAUGGAUCAAAGCCCCUUAUUUGCUCCUCCUCUGAUGUCCACAAGAACGUCUGCCUCACUGUUGCUUUUGCCUUUGCCAAAUACAGCUGCGUCCCUAUCCAGACGUCUUAAAGCUAUAGGGCUGCAGAUGUGGAUGCAAAGGGAUUUAGUAUUAGUUAUCAGUUAGAUAAAGGAGGUGAGAAGAUACAUUUGAUGCAUGAUUAAAAAAAUAAAAACGAUAUCUCUACCUCAUGGUUAAAAUUACCCCACCUAAACCAAUGAAAGACCAGGUAUUGUGCGAUAAAAUUACCAAAUCAUUUUUGGUAAUUUUUUUCAAAGGAUUUGUCAAGAGAAGCACAAUAAAAAGGUUAAUUCUCCACAAACAAUAUGGAAACUUGAGACUUGACCUUGGUCUACCAACCUCAUUCCUACUGGACCCCUGUGUAGUGUUUUGGUGACAGUUAGAAAUUUCAUAUGUAUUUGAUAAGGCAACGUGACAAGAGCCAAAUAAAAUGUCUAAUUUGCUAGCAUAUUAACAUGACAUUAAAUAUUAAAAGCAUGGGGUUCGAUUAAUGAUGCGGUUUAGGUUCAAUAAAAAUCAAGUUAUAUACACGAGCAAGAUAAAGUAAUGGCAUUACAUGGUUUAACACUGAAAAAGAAAUAGUGGAUAAGUCCAAAUUCCAGGAUGAAUAAAUAAACCGAAAAAUCUUGGCAAUACUGAAAGCAUCUUCAAUCCGCUUAAAACAACACACACACACACACACGCACACACACACACACACACACACACACACACACACACACACACACACACACACACACACACACACACACACACACACACACAAGCAUAAUACAUGCUCCCUCACCCUGCUGGCCCAGAUCAGUGCUGUAAAUAUUGCAUGUUCAAGUCUGUUGUAAUUCUCCCAGCCAUAAGUUUUAGUUUAGAAUGGUUGUAUUGUAUUAUAAUAGAUAAUAUAGAAUAAAAAAAAGAAAUUUCUCACAAUGUCUUAACUACCGAAAAUGGAAUAUCUAUAAAAAGCUAUACACUAUAUAACACUAAUAACUAACUGAACACCUUAUUUAUGAACCAAAUAUUGUACAAUGUAUCAUGGACUAUAUUAGAUCCAUUGAGAUCUAUUCAGUUGUAUUAUCACCAUUCCAACUUCAAGACACUCGCAGUGUAACUCAAUGUAUCUACAUAUUGUAUUGCAAAUGGACCAUUAAUGUCACUUUGAGGCGAAAGCAUUCAUUAGCAUGGCCCCAAGAUGUCAUCCCAAGCAGCAUGUUAUUGCUGUUUGAAAUAGUUUCAUCAUUCUUAAUAUUUGAAUUUGUGUGUGUGUGUGUGUGUGUGUGUGUGUGUGUGUGUGUGUGUGUGUGUGUGUGUGUGUGUGUGUGUGUGUGUGUGUGUGUGUGUGUUUGUAUGUAUGCAUGCGUGUCUGGGUCUGUUGUCACUGCUGUGUUGAUUACUAGCUUUAUAUUUGUGUUGAAUAUCGAAUGUGUAAAAAUGAGACAAAGGUUAUAUAUGUAUCCAUUCCUUGAUAUUGUGAGUAUAGCUUACAAAUGUCUGCCUAUUAUGUUCUGCAAUGUGAACAACAUUGUGUAUGAAGGCAUUUAAAUUGACAAAAAAGGAUUUGUAACAUCGUGAUCUCUGAGUUCCUUUGAGCGAUGUUGUCUUGUUUUUAGUGCCUAAAAAAUAGACUAGUUGGCCUGCAUUCUGUUCAUAGUCACUUCAAACUGUACUUUUUUCUACAUGUAAGAUGGGGUAUUCACAAUUUGGGCAGAUUUUACAAAUUCAAUCUGCAACCUUGAAUGAUCUGUUUUGCUGUCUAUCUAAUAAAUAAAUAAAUAUACAAAUAUUUACUACUAAUACAUACAAAAUAUUAAAUGUGCUGUGUAAAUACAAUGGAAAUACCCAGAAAUACAGUAGUGGUUGAGGACUUUUAAAGACGAUGAUUACAAUCUAAAAAUUUGAUAAGCCUGCCAGGCAUUUCUCAAUGCUAACAACGAAGAAUUAAAGUAACAGUUUGAGUGUUUUCUAAGCAUUGAUAAAGGUGUCAUCAAUCAUUCAAUCAAUCAUCCUUCAAUACAUUUAGUGAUACUGUUUAAGAAGCAAGUUUACAAUAGCAAGUACUGCAUGUUUAGGCUUUGGGUUGGAAGUGUCCUGUUCACUGACAACUGCACCACGGACGAUCCGAAAUGUGUGAGAGGGAUUUGGUUUGCUCAAAUAACAGGGCAUCUCAACCUCUUAUGUGCUAAAGCUAAUGUGUUUCAGAAGGUUGGUGGUGCAAUGCCCACCCAACUCAGUUUACCCACCACUAGAAACCUUUCCUGUCGAGUGUACUUCUCUCCGCUAUCCCGGCCUGGGUGUGUGGGGUAACACGCGUUUCUCCUUGUAUCGUCUCGACUUUGCACAAUGCCACACACACAUCACACAGUCACACACAGAUGUGUUUUUUUUUUUUUUUUUUUUU